UCUUCUUCACCUGCUCCAUCUAAUAUGUUUCAAAAUGUUAAAGUUCAAGUACGCCACCGUAUGUCUCAAGGACAUUCAUCUCAGCGUCCAAAUAGUACUCGAGCAGCUGGUGCAGGUGGUUCAAGCUCAACAAUGCUUCGAUUAUAUACUGAUGAUACUCCUGGAUUAGCUAUUGAUCCUGUUCUUGUUUUGGUGCUUAGUUUAGGAUUUAUUGGUAGCGUUUUUGCACUUCAUAUUCUUGCAAAAAUUAUGCAAAAAUUUUCAGUUUAG